AUCAAAACACACUGAAAAGUUUUCUCUGUUUUGAGAGAGGGGGUUAAAGGCUCCCAUAUGGAGUUCAGAGGCUCAGCUGGUUUGAGGAGGAGUGUGUCCGGUGUUGUUUUUUGAGGAGUGUUUUUUUUUUUUGUUGUUGUUAAAGACGUUGUGUUUCCUCUGGCUGUAACUGGACCUCUACAGCUCCCCGGACUCGGCUUUAAUCCAGCACGAGGAUGGCGGACUGCGUUUGCCUUGAAUACGCGGAAAGUGGCUCGUGCAGCUUUGGGACGCGGCUCCAGGUCCGGGGUCUGUGACGUAACAGACUGGCCAGGUCACGCGGGUCAUGAGCCGAUGUCCUGCGUAAUAUUAGAGCUUGACUUUAAGGGGAUCUCUAGUUAAACUUUUAUUUAUACCUGUGGACAACACACACACCACACACACACACACAGAGAGACAGACUGCUACAUGUGCGCGGUGGGCUGGACUGGACAAGCGAAGGAAACGAGCGCAUCUGGUUGAGUCGAGUGUUCAGCGACAGUAUGGAGAAGUUCACGAUGAACAGCGGAGGAGGAGGUGAAGUGGAGCGGGACAUGGAGACCCAGGGGGAGGCGGGGGAGCCGCUGCGGGAGAACGGGAAAGCCAGAGCGGGGCAGAGCCCCACCGUGAGCCGGGCGCAGAGCUUCAGCCCCAGGAUGCUCGUCGCCUUGGACAUCUUGUGUCUGAUUGUGGCCUCGAUUCCAUUUUUCGCGUGUGAGCUGAAGACCGUGAAGCCGUACAAGAGAGGCUUCUUCUGCGGAGACUCGAGCAUCACUUACCCCCACAAGGAGAAGGAGGUGAUCCCCGACAGUGCGCUUAUCACCGGAGGAAUCAUUAUUACGGGCCUAACAAUCGCCCUGGCUGAAUGUUACUGUGUCCGUUCCCGGCGUGUGAACUCCCGUGCCUUCAUACGUAACCCCUACAUCUCCUCCCUCUACAAAGAGCUGGGUAGCUUCCUGUUCGGCUGCUGCAUCGGUCAAUCGCUAACCAACAUGGCCAAGCUGAGCGUGGGCCGGCUCCGCCCCAACUUCUUAGCGGUGUGCAACGUGACGUACGAGUCUCUGAACUGCUUACCCGGGGAUUAUGUGUAUUCUGUGAAAUGUACCUGCACCCCUAAAGAAGAGGAGGAAGCCAGGAAGUCCUUCUUCUCCGGCCACGCCUCUUUCGCCAUGUACACAUUACUUUACCUUGCUUUCUACCUGCAGGCGCGGUUCUCGUGGCGCGGAGCGAGGCUGUUGCGGCCGCUGCUGCAGUUCCUGCUGGUGAUGUUAGCCGUGUACACCGGGCUCACCCGGAUCUCAGACUACCGCCAUCAUCCCUCUGAUGUCCUCACCGGCUUCCUGCAGGGAGGAAUCACCGCGUACUGGGUGGCGUUCCACAUUUCCUCCAUGUUCAAAAGAUGUCCUGCAAACCGCUCUCCCGGCAGUUUCUCCCUGGACAGCCCUUUGUCUAUGUCCAGCCGCCAGACAGAGUGCUAGCGUCCGUCCUGCGAGGCGCUGCCGCCUUGACGUGGACCCAACCGAAUGAGGUCAGUUGAUGGACAUGAGAGCGUCCCGUGAGGAUGAGCAAGAGGAGGAGAUUGUCCAGAGGAAGACUCGGAAGAAUGUGUUCCACGUCCACAUACACACAUGCCGUCCCACUGCCUACAUAAAUAAGAUAUAUGAUGCAGAUAUUAUUUUUGUCUUUUAUGUGAAACUUGUGUAUAUUUUACUUUAAAUCCAGUAAAUGUAUCUAGACAAAGCUGCUAAUAACUGUAUUAUUCCGUAGUGACACUUAUACUGGAGUCUCUGCACAUUUAGCGGAGGAUCCGCAGGUCAGUCGCCUGCAGCCUAUUGAAGCAAUGCCACUUUGAUGGACAGGCGUACUGACCAAUCACAAGAGCGCUGUGGUUACAACCGACGUUGGGCUUCAUUUAUCAAACUUGAUACUUGACACGUCUCUGUAAAUCGUCCACAAGAUAGUUAGUGUUCCUGCGCGUGAUUUACAGAGAUGUGAUGUUCAUGAUAAUCUAGCUAAAAGUAUACAAAACAUAUUAAAUCAAAAGUAAUGGCACUCUAUAAACGCAUAAAGAGUUAGUGUGUGUCAGUGUGUGGGGCUGAGCUGCUUUACUGGAAGAUUAAAGAAGGUGCUCUGCUUAGGUCACUGCUUAGUCGCCAUUUUUAGCUCUCUAUGAGCUUUGUGCCUUAUAUGGAGUUUAUGGGCGUGGCUAAAUGGAAAUGUUCUGUGAAUGCACUUGGGUUAUAUCAUAUAUAUAUAUACAUCAGCAGCUUAGACACAUGGCAUUGGAGGGGGAAAAAAUUGUAAAACAGCACUAAUAGAGGAUUGAUACAUGAGGCCCAAUGUAUAAGGGUGCAAUAAGCCCGUUACAGACUUGUAUUUUACUUUUAACUUUUUUGUAUUACAUUUUUUUAGCUGACUUUUUAUUCUUUGCUUAUUUUUAUUAUUUUUAUUUCCUUCAGUUUAAUGAUUUGUUUUUAUCUUUUUAUCUUUUUUUUUCUCCUGUACAUAGUUUUUUCUUUCUUAUUUUUUCCCUGUUCUUUUCUGUUUUCUUUCUUCUCACUCAUUUCAUCGUUGUCCAUAGCCACUAAAACAGCACAGUUCAAUCCUAAGAUGAGUUUUAUUUGUUCUUUCUCUCUUCCUCCUUUUUUUCCUUCCUUCCUUUCUCUCUCUCUCUCUCUCUCUCUCUCUCUCUCUGUGAGGCAGCAGUGUGACUGAAAUGAGAUGAGGCCGGUCUCGCUCCCUCCUGCCUCUGUAUCUCAGUGGUGUCGAGCAGGCAGACCACUGAACACUAGCGACCUGCUCGAACCUUUGGCACUUCAGCUGCAGGACUGAACUCUGUAACUCUAGCACAUGGUAUUUCAGUGGUCUCAUUUCAACAGUGUUUUUUUGGUCUUACUGUGGUCGGCCAAUCACCUUAUCCCAGUUUAACGAGGUGGUAAUUAUUCAUAAUAGAACUGUACAUAGUACAUUUUAUAAAGAGAAAAAAAACUAUUCAAAUGUAUUAGAACGCCGUUGUGUUUGUAAGUGUGCAAGAUGCUUAUGUUGUAUAAAUAGUGACUGAGCCAGAGAAAUUGUAUUGUCAGAAAGCUAUAUUUUAUGUUUAUAGUUUUAUAAACGUUUGUUUUGUCUGUGAAUGCCACUUCGGCAAAAAUAACCACUGUAUUAAUAAACCAAACCAAUAAAACGAAUGUGCAUCUAUUA